UUUCUCUACAAAAUUAUCCGAUAAAAACGAAACGGAGCAAAAAGAAAACAAAAAAACCCGCUACAAUUUUGGAGAUCAAACGCUUCGAUUUCCAAUGAUUACUUAUCGUAUUUCCAUCGACGAUAGAAAAGGAAAACUAUUGUGUUUCCUCUUAUUGUUGCCUUUCGAUUCUGUGACUUAAUCCCGAUCCACUCUAUGUUGUUGCGGUCGUUGAAAUCGAGAACGAAGCUUGGGAUUUUAAAAUUCGGGUUUGUGGAAUAUUUUAAUUGAUCGAUCUGUGAGUCGGACGAAGGUGCGGGAGAAUCGAUGAUCUGGGGGUUCAAUGCGUUUUUCUGAAUCCCGAAGGAAGAAUUGAAAUGGGGUUUUUCGGUACUAUAUUGGGCCUUUUCGGAUUCGGCGUUGGGAUCUCCAUUGGACUCGUUGCUGGUUACUUUCUUUUCAUCUACGUUCAACCCAACAAUGUUAAGGAUCAUAAAAUUCGUCCACUUGUUGAAGAAGACACAGCAACAUUGCAGCGGAUGCUUCCUGAGAUACCAUUAUGGGUGAAAUGUCCAGACCAUGAUCGUGUUGACUGGCUCAACAGGUUUAUUGAAUAUAUGUGGCCCUAUCUUGAUAAGGCAAUAUGCAAAACAGCGAAGAAUAUUGCCAAACCUAUAAUUGCAGAGCAAAUUCCCAAAUUUAAGAUUGAUUCUGUUGAAUUUGAAGCACUGACAUUGGGGUCCUUGCCACCAACUUUUCAAGGCAUGAAAGUCUAUGUUACAGAUGAGAAGGAGUUGAUAAUGGAACCUUCAAUAAAAUGGGCUGGGAAUCCAAAUGUCCUCGUUGCUGCCAAGGCAUUUGGACUGAAAGCAACAGUUCAGGUUAUAGAUUUGCAAGUUUUUGCAGCUCCACGUAUUACCUUGAAGCCAUUGGUUCCGAGCUUUCCUUGUUUUGCGAAUAUCUUUGUUUCACUCAUGGAAAAGCCACAUGUUGAUUUUGGGCUAAAGCUUGUUGGGGCUGACCUUAUGUCUAUUCCAGGUCUCCACCAGUUUGUUCAGGAGACUAUUAAAGAUCAGGUUGGCAACAUGUAUCUAUGGCCUAAAACCCUGGAGAUAGCAGUUAUGGAUGCAUCAAAAGCCCUAAGGAAGCCCGUCGGACUUCUUGAUGUGAAGGUCGUGAGGGCCAAAGGGCUGAAAAAGAAAGACCUUUUAGGUGCUUCAGAUCCUUAUGUGAAAAUGAAGAUUACUGAGGAAAAUCUACCGUCAAAAAAGACCACUGUGAAACAUAAGAAUUUGAAUCCUGAAUGGAAUGAGGAGUUCAGCUUGGUGGUUAAAGAUCCAGAGUCCCAAGCCAUAGAAUUCCAAGUUUAUGACUGGGAGCAGGUUGGCAAACAUGAUAAGAUGGGCAUAAAUGUAGUCCCUUUGAAAGAUCUUCCUCCUGAUGAGCUGAAAGUUUUCACUCUUGACCUGCUGAAGAACAUGAAUUCGAAUGAUCCUCAAAAUGAUAAGAAUAGGGGACAGAUUGUGGUUGAAUUGAUGUACAAGCCAUUUAAGGAAGGCGAAGUAGCAGCAGACUUUGAUGAAACAAUGAAGGUAAAGGACGCUCCUGAAGGAACGCCUGAAAAUGGAGGUCUACUCGUAGUUAUCGUUCAUGAAGCUCAAGAUGUUGAAGGCAAGCACCACAACAAUCCAUAUGUGAGGCUUCUUUUCAAAGGGGAAGAGAAAAGAACUAAGCGUUUGAAGAAGAACAGAGACCCCAGAUGGGAGGAAGAGUUUGAAUUUAUGCUGGAAGAACCACCCACAGAUGACAAAUUAUAUGUGGAAGUUCUCAGCUCCUCAUCAAGAAUGGGCCUCUUGCAUCCCAAGGAAUCUCUAGGAUACGUCGAGAUCGGUCUGUCUGACGUUGUUACCAACAAAAGGAUAAAUGAAAAAUACCAUCUUAUAGACUCAAAGAAUGGAAGGAUUCAGAUUGAGCUCCAAUGGAGGACUUCAUCCUGAACUCACUCCUUUUUCUUGCUUAGUUUUCUCUUCUUUGGAGCCAGAGGAAUACAUACAGCAAGAGGGACAGGAAAGACAUUUCCCCCCUCCUUUUAUGAUAUCAGAUUCAUUUGUUAUAUUUUUCUUUAUGUACAUGGACGGUGAUUAAAUAAAGCAGUCAAAAUUUCCUUUCACAAUUUGGGAUUGGUAUCAAUACUUUUGUAACAGAAUGGCAGAAUUGAAA